AUGAUCAGAUGGCCAGUGGUCAUGUGGCCCGGGCGGGGAUGGGGUCGGGCUGGCCAGCCUGGCUGUGCCGGUAAGAUUAGGUCAGUGUUGACUCGCUCCGAGUUUGUGGAUCAGCCGAGCUCUCAGUGUGAGCCGGAGCCCAGCGCCCUGAGCUGCCCCUUUCGCUUCCCUCAAAUGUCUGAGGCGGUCAACAAGUCGGAUCUAAAGCAGUCGUUGGAGGAGAUAGAUAUCGCAGUCAGCGACCCCGACAAUGAAGCGCAAGAGGCAAAGCCGCCGAAAAGAUACCUCAUCCUCACCAUGCUGUCCUGCUUCUGCCCGUCCCACCCCAUCAACAUCGUGGCCUUCGUGUUUGCAAUGAUGGCUCUGAACAGCUACAAUGAGGGAGAUGCUGAUGCAGGAAAGAAGUUGGGACACAUAGCCACACUGGUCUCCAUUGCAGCCAUUAUUGCUGGAUUAAUAGUCAUUGCCAUCUUUUGCAUUGUUCACUUUACAACGCAUCAGUGAUCAACCCGUCGCUGAGAAUAUCGAACGAUUCGGAAACUCACCAGCAAAAGGCUCAAAGAAAACGGAUUGUGUGUAAUUCAUGCCAACCGUAUAUUGCCGUUGAUAGGAUUUCUCUUAUGCAGCUGGUUUGAGGUCAGAUUUUCUUUGUUUUAAAAUGAGUUAAUUACUAAUGUCAGAGGAAGAACGCCCAAGAUAACUUCUGUACUUAGUACUUUGUAACAACAGAAAUCUCAGGAAACACUUUCCCUCAAACCUGGCAGCUGGAUAACACAGAAACACAUGAGCGACAACAAAAUAUGAAGAUAUUGUAUUUGAAAUAUUAGAUCUUAUAUACUUAACCUGAGAUGGACUUCCCCUCUAUAGGUAAUCAAAACAUUUGGAGUCUUACUGCCUUAUAUUUAAUGACAGCUAUAUUUUCAUUGUACUUGAAAACUGUUAUAUUAAUGAUUUUAUAAAACUAAUCCUUUCAGAGCUCCUCCUCCGACAAUAGAGCAUUAUGUUUAGCAAGUUUGUACAACGUUCCUGUCUGUAUUUUAGCAGAGGUUGAAAGCCCUUUUUAAGAUGAAUGGGCCAUUGUGACGGUGAAGAUAUUUCAGAAGUUGAACUUGUAGGAUUAUGUGCAUAGAUCCAGCUUUAAAUAUCUCGUUAUAACGGCUAAUCACAGUGACUUAAUGGCACUGUUAAUAGAUGCCAACUUCAAUCAUUGCACCCCACCUUAACUUAAUAGUGGCCACCUUGAGCAAGUCUUAAUUCAAAUUGCUCUUGGUAUUAUUUGACAAACUCGUGUUUGGAAUGGGGACAUGUGCAGGACGGCAGCCAGCAUGCAUUGCCUAUUCCCAGUUACUUGUGACAAGAUGGUGGUGGUAGCUCGGUUGGGAUGACUACAGUCUCCUUGGUGAAUGGACUCCCAGUACCAGCAGUUAGUCUGUAAACUCCAGCAUGUCAGUGCAAAAAAAUAAAUAUAUCACCAGCCAUAACUGAACGUUUGAAGGAUAAAGUUCAGACGUAAUGGUUUCAAAGGUCUGAACUGCUGGUGAUUACAGCUGGAGGUUGAGAAUGAGCUGCAAGUUCAGCCUACAUACAAGAAACUACUGUUCUUAGUUUAUCUCGUUAUAUAUAUAUGCCUUUUACCUAGUUUCCCCAGUAGUCAAACGAUGCAACAAGAAAGAAUGAUAUCAGGUAGUGAAAACACAGGGAGUUAUUCUUGCUUCACGUUUAUACAUUCAUUUAAUUCCCCUCCCAGUUCUGUGGAGGUGAGAUGUAACUACAUAUAUUUUCCAUGCCUUACUUGUAAAUAAACUGGUGGCGCUGGUAUAUAUUACAAAGAAGAAUGUACAGUUUAGUCAUACGAAAAUAAAGACGGUACUUUAAGUGGUGUGUCCUUUCUUUUAAAAUGAACAUUGUCAGUGAAACAUGCAAGGCCAAGGAUUACCUGUGACAGAAGGGGGCACCUUUUCCCCAGAAUCUUUUCCCCAAACUGUUUGCGUGCUAUCCAAUUAACUCGGAUCAUGUUAUACCUGAGCACCAUAAUCACAACGGGUUUAGUUUUAGUUCAGAGAAACAGUGCGGAAACAGGCCCGACGGCCCACCAAGUUCAAGCCGACCAGCGAUCCCCGCACACUAACACUAUCCUACGCACACUUGGGGCAAUUUUACCUUGCCAAUUAACCUUACAAACCUGUGCGUCUUUGGGGUGUAGGAGAAAACCAGGGCUCCUGGAGAAAACCCACGCAGGUUACAGGGAGAACCUACAAACUCCGUACAGACAGUACCCGUAGUCGGGCUUGAACCCGGGUCUCUGGCGCUGUGAGGCAGCAACCCCACCGCUGUACAACCAUGCCGCCCAGGUAGUGCUUAGAGAAAAAUGCCAGAGUACAGAAUGUAGUUUACAGCAUUGUAGUGCUGCAGUUCCAGAGAGAAAAGGGCAAUGUCUGCAAUAAGGUAGGUUGGAAGAUCAGGACAACACCUGAGCAUAUGGGAGGAUGGUUCGGUCAUCUGAUAACAGAAGAGAAGAAGCAGUUCCUGAAUCUGAUGGUCAGUGCUCUCAAAUGUUUGUAUCUUCUGCCCAACAGACUGUGUUUAAAGGAAUCUCACUGUACAUCCUGCGCCUAUUUUCUAUGUUUCUAGUGUAGAAUGUUAUUGUGCAACAUGAAAACGGGGAAGAACAUCGCAAGUGCAUGAUGGUGUAUUUGAUUUGGCAUAAAGUAACUGGAAGAGUAGGGGCCCCAGUGCACUGCUUUGCCCACGGGCCUAGAAUGCUGUUAAGACGGCCCUGGAAGAACUACCAUGUUUUUAUUUGAAAUUAACUGAUUGACUAAAAUAUACAGCAUGGAAACAAACCCUUCAGCCCAGCGACUAUCAAUCGCCCAAUCACACUACCUCUAUAGUACACGUAUAAAGAUCCACAGGACUAAGAAUCUGGAUUCUCUGUACUGGGAGAUGAACUUUUGACCCUCUGACUCAGGAGUGAGACUGAUACCACUUGAGCCUUAGCUAUCUAGGUCUAUCAAAAUAAGUGUGCAGCGUGAUUCAGCGUAGGGAGAAUAUAUAUAUAUAUAUAUAGGGUUGGUCAGUGGUGGCUUAUCAACUUGCAGGUUUUUGGUGGAGGAAGGAACUGCAGAGGCUGGUUUAAACUGAAAAAAGCUGGAGUACCUCACCGGGUCAGACAGAAUCUCUGGAGAAAAGGAAUAGGUGACGUUUCAGGUCAAGACCCUCC